AUGGUUGAUGUUUCUGUGCCAUUUAAUGCAGUUAAUUCAGCAUAUUACCAACCAAUUAUUGAUGCUAUUACAAACAUGGGUGCAGGGUAUAAAGGUCCAAAUUUUAGUAGAGUUCGUGGGUAUUUCUUGAGUAAGUUGGUGGAGAAUGUGAAAAAGAUGAUUGAACGGUAUCGUGAAAUUUGGAAGCAAACUGGAUGUACUAUCAUAGUUGAUGGAUGGACUGAUCGUUGUAGGCGCACUUUAAUUAACUUCUUGGUUUAUUGUCCUAAAGAAACUAUCUUCCUAAAGUUUGUUGAUACUUCUCAUGCCUCCAAGACUGCUGAUUUGUUAUUUAAGCUUUUUAGGGAUGUUGUCAACUUUGUCGGUCUUGAAAAUGUUGUUCAUAUAGUGACGGACAAUGCUGCAAAUUAUGUUGCUGCUGGAAGGUUGUUAGAAGCUGAAUUUCCUAAGUUGUAUUGGUCUCUUUGUGCUGCGUAUUGUAUUAAUUUGAUGUUGCAAGAUAUUAGAAAGUUGGAUGAAGUAAGUGAGAUAGUUUUACAUGCUUCAAAAAUUACUAAAUACAUAUAUAAUCAUUGUCAUCCAUUGUAUCUGAUGAGGAAGUUUACUGGUGGGCGAGAAAUACUUCGUCCAGCUCCAACUCGCUUUGCUACCAAUUUCAUAGCUUUGCAGAGUAUUCUGGCUCAAAAAGAUGCAUUAAGAACUAUGGUAAUUUCUAAAGAAUGGACAAUCUCAACCUACUCCAAAGAAGCUAAAGCUAAAACAUUUGUGGAUCAAGUUUUAGACUCUAAGUUUUGGAAUCAAUGUACGGAUAUUGUCAAGAUUACUGCGCCACUUGUUCAUGUGAUCCGUAUUGUGGAUAGUGAAGAUAAAGCUGCAAUGGGUUUUCUUUAUCAAGCUUUUUAUAAGGCUAGAGAAGAGAUGGUGAAGAGGUUUCAACUAAGAAAGAAGAUUGUGGAGCCUUACUUGAAGAUUUUGGAUAUUCGUUGGGAUUCACAACUUAAAAAAAAUCUUCAUGCUGCUGGCUAUUGGUUAAAUCCUGCUUUUCGAUUCAAUGCUGAUGAAUUUAAAAAACAUAAGCAAAUCACUUCUGGCCUACUAGAUGUAAUUGAGAAAUAUGCAUAUGGUGAUCUAGAAUUGAAUUCUAAGUUGACAAGUGAGAUGAGAAUAUAUAAGAAUGCUGAAGAUGAUUUUGGAAGAAAAUAUGCACUGCGUGAACGAAGCACAGUGAUGUCAGAUUGGAUAUUGAAAGAUUCACUGCUAUUUUUAACCCUUGAAGAAGUUGAUGCUCUACGAAAUGAUUUAGCAAAUAUGUCCAUUCAACCAACUUUGGAUGAUCUUGAUCAAUUAAAUUUGGUAGAUGACCAAGAUAAUGAUGGACCGAGUAACAAUGCUAUGAAAGAUAUGGAUGCAAAUCAAAAUGAGGUAAAUGUUGAUCAAGCUCCAAAUUUAUCCUAUAAAGAUGUUGAUGCCGACUUUGAGCUCACUCCUUGGAUUUGA